ACCAAGAACAGUUGGCCCUGAGAUUUGUGCAUAUUUGUAAUCACCAUUAUCAUUCUGUUGAAGAAACUGCUUCAGCAAGUUGUUAUCUUGAACUACAUAGCUGCUGAAAGAUUGUUAAUAGCUCAGCCAUUUCCAUAGUUGAAAUGAGCUUGAUGGGUCCUGAAACAGGGAGAUGUAGAAGAACUGAUGGGAAAACGUGGAGGUGUCUUAAAGAUGUGGUUCCUGAUCAAAAGUACUGUGAGCGACACAUGCACAGAGGCCGUUCAACAAAGCGUGUGGAAGCUUUUGGAGUUAAUUUACAGUCUAAUUCACAUACGAUAACUUGUUCCAAUACUGAUGCAACCACACCUACCUGUUCAACAAAGACCAGUCAAAAGAUCAAGUCUCAUAACCUUGCUGUUACAAGUGCGAAGCUAUCCACUCCCAUCAGUGGUAAUUGUCAAAAUAAGAACCCAUCGCCCUGUAGAAGCAACGAUUUAACUAAAUCCGCCACAAGUAUCACUACUCUUGCCAACGGCAAAAGUAAACCGACCAACAGAUUGGUAAAGAAGGAUAAAUCUUCCAGCAGAGAAAAUACUGACUGCCUUGAUGGUGUGGAUGCUGGCUCCAAUCAACUCAAAGAUACAAACAAGGGAUACAGCACAAAUGGUGACAAGCAUGGUGCUUCUGUGACCCCAGAACUUGGCAAUUCCACAGAGAGUGUUGUUUACGGUGAUACUAUCGACACUAACACUGUCUGCAUAAACUGUGCUAUCACAGUGGAGGAGUCACAAAGAUGCAAGAGAACUGAUGGCAAAAGAUGGCAGUGUAGUAGAGAAGCUAUUCCUCAGGAAAAGUACUGUGGCAGCCACAUUAAUAGAGGGUCAAAAAGAUGCAGGUUAUCCCCAGAAGCUGCAACUGCCGCUGCAACUCUUGCAACUCUUGUUACACUGAAGAAUGGUCCUAGUCCUACUAACUUGAAUACAGAUCUUUGCAUCUUACAUGCAACACAUCCACCCACAGUUUUAGAAAGUUCAACUAGUGGCAUCAAGUGAUGACUAUCAUCACCUGCACAGACGAAACCACCAGCGCCUACCCUUUUUUGUCUUUAUCUCCCUUGAUUAGGAUUGUCUCUCAAAUUCUGUCGCAAAUGUUGUUUCAACUUGAUUUAGUGGAUAACUUUUUGAUGCAAUGGCCAUAGUAACAUGUGACUUGCUAGCUGUAA